AGUUAGUGAUUGUGUUAUAUUAAUACCAGAUAGUAGAAGGAAGGAAACUGUUAAAUCAAUAUCGGACACUAGUAAAGCAAUAAAUCUCAAACUAUUCAUUAAUUGGUUAAAUCAGGCACCAUUUAUUGGCACUGGAGGACAGAAAUCAAUGUUAAUCAGCCAUACUUUGAAUCACGCCUUUGUUGAUGGGUGAUGUUUGGCAGUGUCGUGAGUCGCAUCCUAUGAAAUCAUUCAAGUGUAACAGGGUGAUGAUAGUUACCUUGUGAGGACACGGUUGGUUGAAAAGGUGUUAUUUUUUAAAACUCAAGUUGUUUACACUUUGUGGUACUUGUGUUUAAACAAACAAACAGUCUAAAUACUCUUGGUGUCUGUGUCAAGCUUUGCUCUUUCAACUUUCAAUUGUUGCAGUGAUCUUAAGACACUCUGAAGUGAAGCGAUUGGUAUACUGCGAUGUGUUAAGUCGUGAAAUCCAAAGUUUGAACAAACUGGAAAAUAGAUGUGAAGUGGAUAACGUUAAUAUUUUGUAUGAGAUUUUACAACAGAUUUAUGUGGUAUAGAUUCAGUUCUUGGAAUUCCACAAUAAACAUGCUGUCAAAUGAUGUUAAUGAACCAAAAAUUGCCUCUUUGCUUUGUUGAAAGUUUAAUUGAGUGAAAUUUGAUUGGUUUCGAGUGGAUGUGGUUAAUAUACUCUUUUAUUUAUAUCACACUAAGUCAUCAAGAAUUCCACCAAUCGAUCAAUUAGAAAAUAACAAUAGGAACGUUGAUGAAGCUGUACGCAACUUGAAAAGCUAUAUAUGAUCAGUAAAGUGAAACAAAUUAUAUAUAUCAUUUACUGGUAAUGAUUACAAUCUUAUAAACAUAUUGACGACCACCUGUCGAGGUACAGUGACGUUCAAUACACACAAUAUUAGAUCACUUCCAUAUGAUGAGCAGUACUGUCAACCAACUCGAUAUAACCAACCAUUCACUUCUCAAGUAAAUUUGAUGUAAUUGUGAUUUAGACGGAAAAUUCAGAAUAAGAAAUGGAAAGUUGUCACUUCGGAUCAAGUUUGGAUUUCAUUCCAUAUCAUAAUGUUUAUAAGAAGAACUGUACCAAUAAUUAUCAGUAUACAUGUACAAUGACAAAUACUGGGGGAGAUACUGGAGAUUAUUUAUCAGGAACAGGAUUUCAGGUACCAAGUUUUGGUGAUGAAGAUUUUGAUUUGCUCCAAGUUCCUCUGAUUUUGCCAUCAGAACAACCACAAGGCCAUGGGGUUUCUACAGAUCAUGAUAUGUUCAAUACACAGACACAACCUCUCUCUCAUCAACAAAUAACAAAUAUGGAGAAUUCUCAUCAAGUUACUAUGGCAUCAAAUAUGCAAACAAGAGAAUCCAAUGUGUUUACAAAUAUUGGAAACCCUAAUAAUGUAGCCCCAAAAUUUCCUCCACAGAACUUCUAUGACCCAGACAUUAAUAUGACAAAUGCAUUCCAAGGAAAUAAUACCAAUUAUGGUAACAGUAAUAUAUUUCAAAAUAUUGCUAUGACAACAAGUGGAAUGUUUCAAGGACAAUCAAGUCAAGGUCAGAUGGCGACCUCCGGCCAGCAUCAACCAUUAUCAACUAUCUGUCAUAGUCAGAUUACCAAUCAAUUAGGAUUUCAAACUCAUGGAAUAAACCCAGGAAUAAAUCCUGGAAUUACCCAAGGAAUUAAUCCUGGCAUUAUCCAAGGAAUGAACCAAGGAUCUCCAAUGGGGUCUAAUUCUACUUCAGUUUCUCCUAAUCGUGAAAGUACAAGUGAAGACAGUGAUGAUAGUCUACCACUAGCUCAGUUGGUAUCCUUGAAGAGACAAGCAGCCCUUGAAGCAAGUUCUUCAUUAGUUAAUACUAGUACUCCUAGACAAGUUCUUACAGCUUCUCCACCAGCAGAACCAGAAGUCAUCACAGCUCCACCUGCUACCAAAAAGAUGAAAACACCUAAACGAAAGAAGAAAAAAGAUCCCAAUGAACCACAAAAACCAGUUUCUGCUUAUGCCUUAUUUUUCCGAGAUACACAAGCAGCUAUUAAAGGACAAAAUCCCAGUGCUAGUUUUGGAGAAGUUUCUAAAAUCGUAGCCUCUAUGUGGGAUGGGUUAGAUCCAGAACACAAAAAUGUUUACAAGAAGAAAACGGAAAUGGCAAAGAAAGAAUAUCUAAAACAGUUGGCAGCUUAUAGAGCUAGUCAGGUAUCACUGGCCGCUGUUGAAGAGGCUAACACUAUGAAUGACAAAUCUCCGUCACCCCCCUACCAGUCACCACGGCAGAUGCCACAGAGUAAUCAAAGGAUGGGAGAUAACUCUCAAAUGAUGGCUCAUUCCAUGGAGCAGAUGUCACCACCCCAGGUGAUCAACUACAGUCCUCCACACCAACAGCAGUCAAUACAACAUAUACAGAAUACACAAUAUACCAAUAAUAAUAAUAAUGGUUUAUCAUAUCAACCUCAGCCCAUACAACAGAAUAAUUAUGGUGGAAGAAUAUUAAGCCCUGGUAUGUGUAUACGCAAUGGUUGUGCUAAUAAUGCUAUCAAUAAUCCUGGUUGGGAUGAGGAAUAUUGUAGUAGUGAAUGUGUGGUCAGUCAUUGUCGAGAUGUGUUUACAGCCUGGGUUGCAUCUAGACAAGCCUCAAGUUCAUUCCCUGUGAAAUAAGAUAUAUCUACAAAAAUUAGAUCUAUAGAACUUAUUUAUAUAUUGUAUUGUUUAAAAUCAAAAUAUGUUGGUAUUCAAGAUGUAAAGUUUUAUUUCUUAAUAUACUUAUAUAAAGAUUGGAAUACAUGAAUGAAAUGACACUCCUAAACGAAUCUGGCCAUAAUCAAGUUUUAUUAGUAACAGAUUUAUUUAAUGCUAAUUUUUCUCAAUGCAAGAUUUUUUAGAAAAAUGUAUCUUAUGAAUGACAGUAAUGGUCUGUAUCAUUUUGCCUGGAAUGGUUGAAAAUUCUUAAGUAAAUUUGACCAAUUUAGCUGGAUUUUAUGGACACAGAUGAACAAUUUUAUUUAAAUGAUAGAUGAUGUGUUGACUUAGGUUAAGACUAUGAGUGGCAUUUGCAACUUGUGCCUUGUUUGUUCAAUAAAGGCAAGUUGAAUAUCUAUAUUGUAUAUUAAUCUUCUUGUACCAUAGUAUUAAAAUAUAUAGUGGGGAUUAUUCACUGAUAUAUAGCAUUAUUUUAAUGUCAGUGUUAAAUUGUGUACAGUAUAUUAAUUAUAAUGCCUUGACUUAACAUUAGUACCUUUGCAAGAAUCUUACCCUUUUCUAUAUGCUGGUAAUUUUCAUUUUAAAACUUUGAAUUCUCUCUUCUUACGCUAUUUAUUAAAGAGAGAGAGAGAGAAAUGGGGUUUAAGUCCACUCGACACAAUCUUAUUUCAAUAAUUCGCUUAUUUAUUAAAACUAACAUGUUCCAAAAUGUUAAAGAUACUUUUCCACAAAAGUAUUUAUUGGGUGGUUAUUACAAUAAAAGUAUGGCAAUUUUGGUAUAUAUGGAAAGUCAAAAAAUCUUACUAGAAAAAUACUGAAUAAUUUAAUUAGGCUUCGAUAUUUAUAAUAAAUGGACAGCGAUUAAAGACAACAUCAUCUUGUAUAUGCAACGAAAUCUCCUCCUUCUUCGUACCAGUUGCUAGGUACCAUGUCAGCCAAGUCAUGUGACACAAACAUGACCUCUUUUGAUAUAUAUUUUUAUAGCAGGGGUUUUCCCUUGUGAAUACAAUGUUUUGAGAAGGAUGUGAAGCAAAAUUUUGAUAGAUUUAUUAGUUUGAAUAUGUUUUUAGUCCAAAUAUAUCAUCAAAUCACCCAUUUUGUAUGCGGGAAUGUAUCUUUAAGUGUCAAAAUUAAUGUGAGCAUAAAAGAUAAGCUAAGUAUACCUAACAGAUACCUUAUAGGUAUUUUUAAAAAGUCAUUCAUUCUUUUUUUGCAUGUAUUUGAUUUUGUUGGUGAAAUUCUAGCUUUGGUAUAAAUUUAUAAUCUAAGAAUUUUGAUAAUUAUAUAUUAUUUACAUUGAAAUUAAUAACUGGAAGUCUAAGUUGUAUUAACUAUUGUGUAACUGGGGAUUUUUGUGAGUUUUUUUUAAAAUGAAUUGUUUUUGUUAAUUAUUAAUGUACAUAUAUAAAAAAACAGAUAAAAAUGUCACUUUAUUUGUAUUUAUGUGAAUCUUGAAAUAAAUAAUAUUGAAUAACCUAUAUUUUACAUCCAACUCUUAUUGAUUAAGAUCUUAUUUUUUUUUUGAUAAAAUGUCAUUUAUGCAUUUUAUGUCUCUUAAUGUUUCUUUAUAGGAGCUAAUGCCUUUGAUGUAGGUCAGAAUAAAAGUAUUGAAUUGGGUAAUGUGUUAUUUCGAUUAUUGAUGUAUAAAGCUCUAUAAUGUUGAAAAAAAUUUGAAAGAUUAAGUAAAAGUCAGCUUUUUUGCUGACUUUGUUGCCAGUGGAAUUCAAAAUUUUCAACACAUAGUCAUCCCACAAAACAAUUUAACUUACAAAAUAGAGUGAAAUGAACAAUUUAUUUUUGACCCAAAUUAAAGAGGUAUAUUUAUUUUAAGUAAAUCAUGGUUGAUUAUAUAAAAAAUCUAAAUCAUUUAGUUGAGGCAUGUCAUUUUGCUGUGGAUCAGAAGAUCUGUUGUUUUAGUAUUAUAUUGAGAAAAAUAAUUUAAAUAUUUUAACAGAUUAUAAUUAUAAAUACACAAAGAAAAAGUUAGGCACCCAUAGGAUAUUUUAUUAUGACCACUGUUAAAACGUAUGUGGUUUGCAAGAAGAUACCUAUGACAAUUAGAAAACAUAAAAAGUUGAUCCUGUUUUGAGAUUUUAAUCUUGAUUUUGAAAAUCUCAAAACUUUUUAUGUUUUCUAACUGUCAUAGGUGUUUUCUUGCAAUCCACAUGCAUGUUUUGCUGUGGUUAUGUUAUCAGGAAUCCAGUAACAAUGCUUGCAUAACAAGUUAUUGUGAAAUAUGCAGGGGAUGCUUAAUUGUUUUCUUUGUGUAUUAUCAUGUAAAAACACCCCUACAUGAAUAGUCUGUCUACAAGUAGGCUCACUAUCUGUUAAUUAUAUUUCCAUUUUCACAUGAUCUCAGUUUGUAUAUGAAUAUAAAUAGCUUGUAGAGCUACUUGGCUUCUAAGAUAAAUAUCAAUUUUAUGUCAAUGAGAUUAAACUUUAUUGAAUUAAAAUAUAUUUGUCAUACAUGUGA